AUGAAGCUCUCGAAGGCCCUUUUCGCUGCUUUCGCUGCAAUGUCGCUGGCUCAGGGUAUUCCAAAUCCAGCAACAUCUGUCAGUGAAACUACGGACAUUCUUAUUGCUUUAAUCGACCUCGAAAAUCAGUACCCCGGAUACCUCAAGGAAGUCCUCGAAACGUGGCUUCAGCAGAUAGCAGAGCAGCUGAACGGCAUAAUUCCUCCCUCCACCUCUACUUCUACCAUAAAUACUAGCUCCACAGUUAACAGCACCAUACCUACCACUUUUAGGACAACCACGCGGAGCUGCUCUGGUACUUAUUCGAGUAUUGUCAAUUUCCCUACUACACCAGCUGUGCCAAUUGGAUCUCCAAGUGUGGUUGCCGAUGAAACCAGUACAGGUUCUCUUCUUGCCUAA